UUGGGGGGGGGUAUUGGAUACAACAUCAUUAACACAUCUUGCCUGCUAAGAAGCCAUCAUGACUGGUGAAAAUGACCAUGUGCAAUGGGACAGUAAACCAGUCUAGCGAAGGUCACGAGAUCAAUCAUUCAACUCACGUGACAGGGUAAGCACGGUGCGGUGGCCCCCAUAUAUAUACAUGUACGGUGCUGGAUUACAGUAUUUUGUAAGCUGUUUAUAGCUAGGAAGUGCUACACAGAAAACAUGGAGGUAAAGUCGGUUUUUCUUUUGCUGCUGGUUGUCGUGGCAACUAGUCUGGCUCAAAAGAAGUGCUGUUUCCCGAAGGAAUUUGAGGCAUUAGAUGGACAGGUGGUUGGGACAAUAUCAGCUGGUAAGCCUGUGGCUGUUCUGGAAUCCAUCCAGUUUGCCUUUGACUACUUCAACCAACGAGCUGGGGAAUUUGCCUUCAUCCAGGAUGGAGCUGAAGUCUACAUGUACCAGAUAAUUGUAGACUACAAAGCGCAAACAGAAUACAUCAUCCAGGCACACACACAGACUUGCCAAAAAAUCCCCCUUCCAGCAGGAACCAACAUGUCUCACUGUGUACCAGAUGAUGCCACUUACGAGAGCUCCUUCUAUGUUGGUGAUAACAAGAUGACAGCAGACUCAUUCACAUACUCUUUGAAGCAAGGGGUGGUGGCAGGCAAUGUGAUUCUAUCCGUCUCUAAGGGUGACUGCAUCCCCUACAGUGUGACUUUCUUCGGUCAACAUCAAGGAACACCAGUUCUCCAGGUCACUGGCUUUGUUAACUACACGUCUGGAAUCCAAGACCCAGCCAGAUAUUUUACUGUGCCAGAGUACUGCAUGGAGCAAUCAUUCAGUCAGGCACCGAAGAUGUACAACUCUUUCAUCCACCUGUUUGUGUAAGCACUGGGCGGCCUUCUCCCGAACGUGCGAGAUUUUAAACCAAGAAUUAUACAUGUAGAUGACUAAUUUUUGGUUUACAAAACUAAACAGUCCGUUUGAUACUUGUGUUUGUAUAUUUUGCAUUUAUGUCUGUGAUGAGAUUUGAUAUAAUGUAGAAUGAUUAACUUAAUGGCAGUGGAAUUGUCUUUAAGUGCAUGUAUUUUGGUUCGUUUUAUACAUUGUAUACUGCAAACUAGUGAUUAAAAGUUCUGAUCGGGACCAUAGGCUUACUUUUUGAAUGACAGUGUAAGUAGGAGGCAUGAAGGAGGCAUGUCUUCACCCGCUUUGAAGAUGGUCAGUUUUCUCCUGGACGAGCAAAGCAUUUGCCCUGACUUUAUGGUUUGGUUUCAAAUCCGAUUUGCAUUCCCCUUUCAUAAAUUCUUGAUGUGCCACAGAACAAUGAGGUUUUCGUUUUUCAUUUCUUUUUAAGAACUUGCUCGGAAUUUAAUGUAUUAUCGCGGCUUAUAAAUGAUUUUUGCUGGGAAACAUGAUAUUGAGGUUUAUCAAUUGAUGCUUUUCUGCUCUAGAAGUCUAAGACAGCCGAUCACACCUAUUGGCGAGAUCUGACAGGCUUGACUGAUUCCUCUCUCUUGAAACCUUCAAAUCAGUCAUUAUUGGAAACGUCAUUGGACAUUCUUUCAUCCUAUUUUUUUUGCGUUUGGGACAAAUAUGUACAAUGCCACUGAACCAGGAACGGUUCCAACCUUUAUGGAUUCGAAGUCUUCGCGACGAGGGGGUCGUUUGAACCCCAACCCUUCUCCAUGAACAUGCCAUCAUUUAUUAAAAGGUACCAAAGUUGUGAUCUUACAAUAUUCACGUACUUUUAUGGAAGAUGGCGUACGCUUUUAAAGAUGUGCUGUAACUUUUAGUUAAACGAAAAAAUGGAAACUUCCUGUAGGGUUUAUGUCCUUAAAAUGUUUCAUUUACUGAAUUUAGCCUUAAAUGAUAAAGUACCCAUUUGUCCCAAGUUUCUUGGUGGCCCCUUUUUCCCUUCAUGAGAUAAAGUCAUUACUUUCUUUGUUACA